CAAAAGAAUUUUCACAAUUCAAAUCUCCAACUCUCUGUCCGAAAAUUUCCCGCCAAAAGAUGAGAAUCUCAGAGAUUUCGACAUCGGAGCUCCGGCAACCCACAGACGGUCGGCAAUCUCCCCUCCAGGGCCUCCACCACCAACACCAGCAGAUACUCUCUCUAAUCGAGUCAAAAGUCAAACAAACCGAGAUACAGCAACCGGCUAACCCCUUGCCCGACUCGCUCCCCUCUGAACUCCAUCAAGCCUUAACGCAGCUCACUCCCUUGCCUAAUAGUAGCUCGCUCAAGCUCCACCUCUGGAAGCUCAGCUACCGCCUCUGGAACGCUUGCGUCGAUCUCUCCAAUGCCGCAGCAAUCCACUCUCCAUCCUCCAAAUUCUCCGCUGAAAAUAUCGCUAAGCUCCGUCACGCGGCUGCCGACAUGCUCUUCGUCGCAAUCGACGUCCCCGGUGUUCCCUCUCCCGCGAUCAAGUCCGCCUUCUUUUACUACAAAACUGGUGUCAUAUGGCAUGAGCUCCGAAGCUUCGAUCUCGCUUUUACUUGCUUUGAGAAGGCUACAGAUCUGGUCGCCAAGCUCGAUAUUAGCGACACAUCGGACGCAAGAGAGAGGAAGCUGCUGUUGGAUCUAAAUAUCGCGAGAUCUCGUACGGCGUGGGAAGUCUCUGAGCGGAAUCUGGCGUUAACGCUGCUGAGCCGGUCGAAGAGCCUUCUUUUCGGUUUGUCCGAUCACUACAAAGCGCUCGCGAAUCAGUACUUGGCGUUCGCGAAGAGCGUAUUGCCGACGAACGAGACUCACGGUUUUAACGAAGCGUUGAAGCUCAUGAACGAGGCAUUAGAUAUCUGCGAGAAGGGAACUUCUGUGGCGAUAACACGAGAAGAGGCGGUUGAGAUCAAGGAAUUGAGAUUGAAGACGCUUCGUUUCAUCUCAGCCGUCCAUUUGCAAAAGGGGGAGUUCGAGAGCGUGAUAAAGUGCGUUAGGGUUUUAAGAGAGAGUUGUGAUGGUGGAGAUAACCACGCUUCGUUGCCGGUGCUGGCGAUGAAAGCGUGGCUUGGUUUAGGAAGGUAUAGCGAGGCUGAGAAGGAGCUAAGGGACAUGGUGGUAAACAAGGGGAUUCCAGAGAGUGUUUGGUUGUCGGCGUUGGAGGCUUACUUCCAGGCGGCGGGGACGGCGGGUGCGGAGACUGCUAAGGGUGUCUUCCUAGGACUGUUAGGAAGGUGCCACGUCAGCGCACGCGCUGCAAUCAGGGUGAUCCACAGGAUGAUCGGAGAUGGCAUUGGUGGGGAGGGUUCGAGGAUCAGGGGGAAGGUAGUCGCAGAACUAGCGUCCGAUGAGAGGGUGGUGGCCUUAUUUAAUGGCGAGGCGGCCUCCAAAGAGAGGAGGGCAAUGCAUGCUAUUCUGUGGAAUUGCGCUUCAGAUAUUUUCAGAUCGAAAGAUUAUGAGACAAGUGCUGAGAUGUUUGAGAAAUCUAUGCUUUACAUUCCAAAUGACAUUGAGAACAUAAUUCUACGAGCAAAGGGCUUCAGAAUUUUGUGUCUCUGCUGCCUUGGUAUGUCCCAGCUAGAUCAAGCUCAAGAAUACAUAAAUGAAGCUGACAAGCUUGAACCAAACAUCACAUGUGCCUUUCUUAAGUUCAAAAUCUAUUUGCAAAAGAAUGACCAUGGCAGUGCCAUCAAUCAGAUUCAAGCAAUGACAACAUGCCUUGAUUUCACUCCAGAAUUUCUGUCUCUCUCAGCCCAUGAAGCUGUUGCUUGCCAUGCUCUUCCUGUUGCUGCUGCCUCUCUGUCCAACUUUCUUAACUUCUAUUCCUCGGGAAAACCCAUGCCAACAUCAGAAGUCGUAGUGCUACGCACUUUAGUCACAAUUCUGGGUCAAGAACUUGGUAAUGAGGCUGAUAUUCUCAAGUUCUUAAAAAGCACUCACAUCAGAGCUUCUGAGCUUGGAUCUGACUGCUUUUUUGGAAAGGGAGAGGUUGGAAGAAGAGAAAAGAAUUGGUUUGCAGUGUCUUCAUGGAAUUUUGGAACAAAAUGUGGGAAGGAAAAGAAGUUUGAAUCAUGUGCUGCAUUUUUCAAAUUAGCAGCAGGAUUUUACAGUUUUAUGUUUGAGGGGCAAGUGGAAGAAAAUAAUGUCAUGAUUUGCAAAUCCUUAAUACUGACUGUUUCAGCUAUAAUAGCUUCAGAGAAGGGGAAAAAUGGUCCAUUGAUGGAUGCUGAAGUGAAAGAUGCUGCUGAAUUGCUAGAUAAAGCAGGAAAGAUGCUGAACUCACUCCCAGUGGCAACUCAACCAAGUUCUGAUAAAAUCAGCACCAUUGAACCUGACCUCUUCUUCAUGCACACUCUCAAUGCCUAUGAUAUACAGGGAAGAUUGAACAAUGCUCAGUCCCAAGAACUCCUUGUAAAGAGCUUUGCUAGCUCAAAGGCUUGCAAUGCUAAAUACCUUCUUCAAAUUGGCCUCAGAGCCUCAGAGGAUCCACGUUCAAAUCCUGAAGUGGCAGCCUUUGCUCUGAAUGAAUGCCUCUCGGCCCUCCUUUCUUCCUCCUCCCCAGACUACCAAGACAUUGCUCUAAUCAUCCGAAGAUUGAUUGUAAUAGCUAGCAUUCACAAGGGUGAUACAGAUGAUGAUGUUGUGAUUGACAUGUACAAGCAAGCAUACAGGAUGAUGGUGGGGUUGAAGGAAGGCGAGUAUCCGACAGAAGAAGGAAAAUGGCUUGCAAUGACUGCAUGGAAUCGGGCAGCAUUGCCUGUAAGGCUAGGGCAGAUUGACGUGGCAAAGAAGUGGAUGAAUGCUGGGCUAGAAAUUGCUCAAAAGAUUGUUGGGAUGGAGACCUAUAGGUCAUGCAUGGAGGAUUUUGUUUCUAGCUUUGAAGAGAAAUUUAAUGUGCAGAAUAUGGGUGAAAGCAGGGCUCAGAUGGUACAGUAGAAAUAUGUGUAAAUCAUGUAGAUACUUACAAUGCAAUAUCUUUCUUGAACAAGACAAAUCCACUUGAUACUGGGGCCUUUUAUACAUUGUGUACUCAAUACUAAAAGUUUGAUGGCUUGUCUGUGGGGAUAAAUAUGGAGGUGGGCGAUUUGAAGGUAAGGUUCUCUAAAACUUGACGUUGUUAUCAUUUGAAUCAAAACUAUAUCUGCAU